CUUCCGCAACUGUUUGCAAGUGGAUUUGGCCAUUCCGCACAGCUUCAAAGAGCACUGAGAGCAGGUUGAAAGGGCAUUAUUCUGCAUGUGCGGAAGGAGCCCUUCUAAAUAAGCUUUUUUUUAAAAAAAGUAUUUUGGUGCACAAGCUCAUCUCUGCUGUUUUUAAUGCUGAGGAGCCCGGUUUUAAAAGAAGGUGCCCAGAGGCCUAAUUCUCUAGAUUAACUUUUUAUUAUUAGUAACUGAAAACCUAAACAACGUAGAAGAGACAUAGGAAAAGAAAGUCACACAAAGUGCCAUUGACUUUUAGGGGUCCUGAUUUUGUCAGGACUUAAAGAUAUUAUUGCUUGCCAGCGUGGUGUGGUGGUUAAGAGUAGGUGCACUCUAAUCUGGAGAACUGGGUUUGAACUCUGCCACUUAUGCUGCGGAGGUUUACCUGGUGAACUAUAUUAGUUUAUGCAUUCCAACACAUGCCAGCUGGGUGACCUUGGGCUAGUCACAGUUCUUUGGAGCUCUCUCAGCUCCACCCACCUCACAGGGUGUUUGUUGUGAGGGGGGAAGGGAAAGGAGUUUGUAAGCCCCUUUGAGGAGAGAAGGGGAGGGGGGUAUAAAUCCAAUUCUUCUUUAGUGUACCCUGAAGGCUAAUUUUGAAGAAGUUCUUCUUAAGCUUAUCCUGAGAAAGAAGUCAGGAGCCAAAACAAUCAUAAAUCCUGGGAAUUCCUGCAGGGCUGGAGCGAGGAGGAACUGCGCCCAGGGGACGUGUGCACCCUGCACCCCUGCCACGGCCACGCCCCAGACCACCCCGCCCCAGUGCAUGCCCAGUACAUCGUGCACACCCUGUCCCCUUGGCGCUACGCCACUGCAUUCCUGUUGGGUGGCUCUCUUCAGCACCAGUAUCCUAGAGGACAUGCCUUGGAAACAGGUGUACAAGUCACUUAACAACUCUCCCCGCCUCAUUGCCCCCUACUUCAAGUCACCCUCAGCACCCCUCUAGUGGGGUUUUAAAUGGAAGCAAACAUACUAUUCCACCGGCCAGGCCAUUCAGCGCUUAGCUACGAGCCACAAACAAAAGUUGUGAAAGAAACGAGGGAAGGGGGCUGCACUUCUUAUACUGACGCUUUGGCAAGAAUGAAGAAGGCACAGGGAAAAUAUGGGGACUGCUUUGAACACAGCAUCUGACCAGCAUUGGCAGGAUGAUGGGUCACAGAAAAUGAGAACAGGGCUGGUAUGCCAGAUUGGAAGAGUUCACCACUUCCUAGAGAAACUGAGAGAAUGUCUUAUGAAGAGAUGAACACGUCUGUGACCCUGGCCAAGGCCCUACAAGCGAAGGGCAGUCCUCUGGAGGAAGAGGAAAUAUGGGCACUCUUGUUUCUGGCCACGGAAUGCCUUCUGGAGGACUUGGGCAAAGAGUCAUCUAUCGUCGUGAUUUCCCCAUGGUCAGUGGUGCUGUCUGCAGAAGGAACUCUGUCUUUCAGAGACAAUGUGCCCCAGGCAGAUGUUGCCCCUUUUAGAGCGCCUGAGAAGUUUUGUGAAGACAGUAAAAGCAAGCAACAUGGACUAACAAAGAUGCUGGUGUACUCCUUAGGAAUGACACUCUACUGGUCAGCAGACUAUCGUGUUCCUCUCAGCCAGUCUCUCCAGCUAAGUGAUCAGUUACAUACUCUGCUGCUGGCACUUUGUGAGGAUCUGGCGCAUAGGAGACCUUCCCCUGAAUCCAUCCUGGAAGCCUGCAAGGCACACCAACAGCAAUCACCUGUGCAAGACCCAGCAAGUAUCUUCAUCCGCAGUCUGGUCCAGUGUGCACUGGGAAGCAUCAAAGAGGGAGAAGAGGGAGUUCAUGAAGACGACAUACUCGUCCCGCUUAGCAGAAGCGACGCCAUUCGAAAGAGGCUGCUUGAAAAAGCUGCCGAGACCUCAGCUUCUACGCUGAAUUUGGACCAAGGCAGAAUUCCACAGCCACAGCAGCCAUGGAAUUCGAACUGCAGUGAAUCGAAAGUCCCCAGUACCUGCAAGCUGUUAAUCAACAGAUCCGCCAGUGCCAUGGAUGGAAUUCCCAGCGGAGGCCAGAAGAACAGCAGUGACCGGUUCCCCGGUUUGGGCUCCUCCUCCACCUGCUCUCUGUUCCAGAAGGAUUCUUUACCACCUCCUGCUCCUUCAAGGCACUUGUUCCAAAGAAAGGAAAAGUUGGUAGGCCCAGAAUUCAUUGUUCUGUCCAGUGAGCCUCCAGUUGCUCUGCAGCUACCUGGGUCAAUCACAAUCAAGAAAGGGAAAUCCUUCCUUGCUCAAAGAGAUGUCAAUGUGAUUCUGUUGAAUGGACAGUGCUUAGAGGUGAAGUGUGACAUCAAAACAAAGGCGCGAGUUGUCUUUGAGACAGUUGUGGCCUAUGCCAAUCUUACAGAACCUUUCUACUUCUCCUUAGCCUACAUGAGAGGUAAAGAAUUUUUCUUUCUGGACGAUGACACCAAGCUUUGCAAAGUGGCUCCAGAAGGCUGGAGUGACCAACCCAAAAAGAAAAUGUCCAUCAUCAAUUUCACUCUCUUUCUGAGGAUAAAAUUCUUUGUCGAUGACUUCCGCAUCAUCCGGCAGGGCUUGACCAGGCACCAGUUUUACCUGCAGCUUCGGAAAGACCUCCUGGAGGAGCGCUUGCUUUGCAGUGACGAGAUCAUGCUGCGGUUAGGCGCCUUAGCUUUGCAAGCAGAAAUGGGGUCUUGUGCUCCUAAGACUCGUUAUCGUGUUGAAGAUUACAUCCCUGCAAGCCAGGUUGAGAAAAUGGGUUUGGAACACAUACAGCGGGAGCUGGCCAAGCUGCAUUGGGUGACCCAGUCCCUCUCAGAAGGAGACCAAGCGGAACUCGAAUUUCUCAAGGUAACCCAGCAGCUUCCAGAAUACGGCGUGGUUUUCUAUCAUGUAUUCCCAGAGAAAAAAGUGGCAGGAGGAGGCCUGGUGUUGGGAAUUUGUACCAAAGGAAUCAUUGUGUAUGAAAUAAGGAACAAUGCUAGGAUUGCCAGUCGACAGUUUCGCUGGCGGGAAACAGAGAGGAUUUCAGCUCAUAGAAAGAAGUUUAUGAUCGAGACCAGCUUCAGUGGCAAGAAGCAUACCUUUCUUACAGACAGUGCGAAAACAUGUAAAUAUUUGUUGGAUCUCUGCUCCGCUCAACACGCAUUCAGUGCACAAAUGAAUUCGCAGCAGCUUCUGCAGGGCUCCUCCGAAGACACUCGAUUUAUGGAAAUAGCCAGGUCAAAUUCAGCCUACGCACCUCAGCAGGAUAACCUGACCUUAAUACAGAGGCUCUCUCGCUCAGAAAAUGUACUGUUUGGGACCAAUCUGGAGAGCCUGUCCUCUGGUUUUACGAGCAAGUAUUGUGAUGACAACCUCAGCACAGAAGCCAGUACUGAAAAUGGAGAAAAGAACAACCUGGCCAGGGCAUCUCAGUCAGAGCCACACAUUAACCUGAGCGAAAAGCGAAACAGUUACGACUAUCUUUCUAUUGAUUCCAUUCAGAAUACGGCCAAUGCUCCAAGUUUGCCAGGCCACCCAAGGAAGCUCUCAUUAACCACACUAGAAAGAGAAAUAAUUUGCGUCACUUUGAAACGCGACCCAAGAAAUGGCUUUGGCUUUGUAAUCAUUGGAGGAGAAAAUGUGGGCAAAUUAGACCUUGGUAUAUUUAUUGCUUCCAUCGUCCCUGGAGGACCUGCUGAUAGAGCUGGACUUAUGAAACCAGGGGGACGUCUCAUUUCUGUGAAUAGCAUUAGCCUGGAGGGAGUUUCCUUUAGUACCGCAGUUAAGAUUAUCCAGAAUUCUUCGGAUGAAGUGGAACUGAUUAUCUCUCAGCCCAAAGACAGUUUUGAAGAAGCCCCGGUUGAGGAAAAGCGCCUGCCAAGCCCAGUCAGCAGUAGCCGCGGCUCUGAGUCCUGUAGCGUUGACUGCGAGAGGCCCAUUUCAGAGACCUGCUGUGCCACCCCAACCCCAGAAGAAGAAUGCAGUGCAGACGGUGAACUGAAGACAGUUACAUUGCAGAAUUCUGCGUCCAGAUUUGAAUCCAAGAUUUCUGCACUUUCAGCUGACCAUCUUGAGUCCCAGGCUAGAGGUAGCACCAGUCAGCUCCAUGAAGAGAGCUCUGUGAAAUCUGUUACCACUUGCGGAUCAGCUGAUAAAGAUGGGAAGAUUAAGAAAGAAGCCUGCCGCUCAGAAGUGGAUGGAACCAGCCUCCAGGGACUAGCACCAAAGAAAGCUGGGCAGGUCCUCGGAAGACAGAUCCGUGUGCCAACUGAGCUUAAUCCAGGCAACAGCACAAGUAAGGAAGGACGUGUGAGUCUGUCUUUGGCAGGAGGGUGUCCCAAGAGCUGCUUCUUUGCAAGAGAUGAGAACACCUUCGAAGUCCAGCUGGAAAAGAACUCUGGAGGUCUGGGCUUCAGUUUUGUGCAGAUGGAGACAGAUGCUUGCAAAGGCCUUGGAAGAAGCUUCAUACGAAUCAAGAGGCUGUUUCCUGGGCAGCCAGCUAAAGAGAAUGGCUCAAUAGAGGUUGGAGAUGUUCUUCUUGCGGUGAAUGGGAAAUCUCUUCAAGGACUGCUGUAUCAGGAAGUCCUGCACUUGCUUAGAGGGGCUCCUCCAGAGGUGACCCUCCGUCUAUGCAGACCACCAAAAGGUAUCCUGCCAGAAAUGGAUCAGAAUGCGCUGACUCCAAUACCUUCACCAGUGAAAGAAUCUCUGCCAUCUCUAGAGCCAAGUGGUCUUGGAUUAGAUUGCACAUCUACAGAGAAAGAAAGCUCUUUCUUGGUACCAGACUCCCCAAGACCAGGUUGUGACCAGGACCUCGUGGAGGAAGGACCCUCUCCCUGUACAGAGCAAGACACAGUGAGUUCUCCAACAGCAUCUCUGAUUCAGUUCUCCUACAAGCACCUCUGGAAAACCUGCCAGGAGGCUGCCAACACGGAGACCUUCCUGUCGCUGGAAGAGGAAAUGAGGCAGGGGUGCUACUCACAUUGUGAGCUGGAAAGAGCACAAAGCCCUUUGUCUGAUGACCUGCCUACUGAAAACGGCCGGCCUGAGAUCCAUUCUCCCACACAAGUGGCUGAAGAGUAUCUCAGCGCCAGUUCAGCAUCCAUCACCUCUCUGUUACACGGAGGGGAGUCUGAGGCAGGCACCAUGGCGGAACCUCCCAGGCUGGGCCCGAGUCCACCGGCUGUGCUUGACAGAGAACUCUGCACUAGUGAAAGCGAAUGGGAUGACCUGGAAGACGCGGAGGAACCACAGAACACCAGGGAAAUUGAGCUCUGCGUGACUUUGACAAGGUCAGCCAACAAGGGCUAUGGAUUCACGGUGGUUUUAAACAAGGUGGACAAAAUCCUAUAUAUAUCAGAGAUCCUGGGAGAGCCCGCGCUGUCUGACGGACGGUUGAGAAGAGGAGACAGAGUGCUUAUGGUGAAUGGGACUGAUGCCCGGGUGCUUUCAGCUGAGGAAACUUUGGCUCUAUUGUACAGUUCGCCCCGUGAACUGAGUUUGGUGGUUGGGCGGACUACCACGGAGAUCUUCCCUACUUUCCGACCAGAGGAGGUCCCUGAAAUCAUACUCACAAAGGGAGACUUUGGACAACUUGGCCUGAAGUUAACCGGUGGUGUUGGGAGCCAGCUGCAGGGUAUCUCGGUCCUUGAGAUAGUGCCUGGCUUGCCAGCCAGCCAAGAGGGCAGCUUGCAGCCCCAUGACCAGAUCAUCUGCAUCUGUGGCCAGUGGACAGAAGGCAUGACUCUGGAUGACGCGGUCAGGGUGUGCGAAGCCGCAAGCCAUUACGUCCACAUCAGAGCCACCCGGAAUGGCGAGCCAGUGAUUCCAUUAAGGACACGGCCAUCUCCAGAGACCGUGGAUGUGAUGGCUCCACCCUCAAAUGAAACUGUGAACCUACAAGAUCUUCCUUUGCCCCAUAAACAGACAAAGAUUUUAGAACUGGACGCCUUCACCCCUGAGCAGAGCCUGUCCCAGUCUGCCGUGGAGGAGAGCUACAGUUAUUCUCCACUACAGGACUGCAUCAUCAACAUCGAGCUGGAAAAACCAGCCAACAGCAGCCUGGGAUUUGCUUUGGUAGGUGGCAAGAACGGCCGGGCAAUCUUGAUAAAAGCCAUCAGCCCCAGGAGUUCUGCUGAUCGGGAUGGAAGACUGCGAGUGGGAGACAUCUUACUGAAGGUGAACGGGCAUCUUGUGUCUGGGCUAACACGCAAUACGGUGAUCGACAUUUUGCGCAAAACUCAUGGGUUGGUACAACUGACUGUUUGCCGGAGUGCAGCGCUUCAGUGGGCUUCCGUGCAUAGCCAGUGGGAUGAGUCUCCCGUGCAGAAUGAAUCGACGCAGCUUGAUGGAUGUGGUGGCAUGGGAGUGAUAGGAUCCCAGAUGGAUUUCAGCCUUGAAGAAUCCAGUCAAAUGAACAGCCAGGAAUCAGAUGAUAGAAAUGCCUCCCCUCACCAACCUGGGUGCGUUGAAAGCCUGCAGAAGAAUGAAAAACAAAGACUGGAACCAUGUGAAAGUGAAGAUGACAUCAUCGCCCAGAGACUUUCUGCUAUGCCCAGAGGCUUAAACCUCGUCACCGAAGAGCAGCUGGCACAACUGGCACAGAUAAAGCCAGUGCCGAGAAGAAACGGCCUGCAGCAGCAUCUUGAACACCAUGUCCACAGUCUUCAGAAACAGAUUAAACAUCAAGAAACGUUGAAGGAGUUCAUUGACUUAGAACACAUCAGGCCAGCUGGCGAUUGCCUGGUGGGCAAAGCACCAGAAAACCAGGAAAAGAACAGAUACCGCGACAUUCUGCCAUAUGAUGAGACGCGUGUUCCCAUUGGGGAGAUGAAGGGAUACAUCAAUGCUAGCUAUAUCCAAGUACGAGUUGGCCAAGAGGAGCUCUUCUACAUCUCCACGCAGGGUCCUCUGCCAUGCACAAUGAACGACUUCUGGCAAAUGGUUUGGGAAAACCACUCUGACGUCAUUGCCAUGAUUACAAGGGAGACUGAACGUGGGACAACCAAAUGUCAUCGGUACUGGCCUGAGCCACCCCACACGUUCCUGGAUUUGCUUCGGUUUCAGCUGCGACUGGAUAACUAUCAGAUCCUGGAUUGUUUUAUCAUUAGAAUAAUAGAAAUGACAAGCAAAAGGACGCAGGAAAAACGCCAGGUACAGCACCUGCAGUUCACCAGCUGGCCGGACCAUGGCACUCCCCGAUCGUCACAGCACCUCAUCAAGUUUGUCCGCUUCCUGAGAAAAGUUCACACGUCGGGCCCCAUCAUCGCCCACUGCAGUGCCGGGGUCGGCAGGAGCGGAGUGUUGCUCUGUGUAGAUAUUUUGUUGAACUACAUAGAAAACGAUAUGCCUUUUGACAUCAAGCAGAUAGUAAGAGAUUUGAGACUUCAGCGCUUCGGCAUGGUGCAAACCAAGGAGCAGUACAUGUUUUGCUACGAACUGGCGCUCGAUGUCCUGAAGAACAAUCUGAUCAGGAAUUCCCAGCUGCAAACCAGCGCUUGAAGUCUUGACGAACCUUCAGAACACGAGGGAAGGCUCUGCUGUCCCACGUCUCCCUCUUUGUCCCUUGCAGUCCACUCCAUCGAGAUGCCCCAAGAGCACGAACGACCACAGCUGGUUGCAGAUCCACGUUUGAAAAGCAUGGCGUUCUAAACCGUUACCUACGUAGGCGUGCCGAGAGUAGACAUGUGGCUGAGACCAAACUAUGAAAUAUACACGCUUGACUCC